UAUUCGGCGUAGGCCUCUUACACCUACACUGAAUAGAUUAAUAUUAAUAUAUAGGUCUUAUAUAACAAAAGUGGAAAACAUUAGAGAAGAAAAACAAAAGAGAAAGUGCAAGAAUCAGUGAUCAAAGUGGAUAUUUAUACAUGUACAAGGUGGAGCCUUAGGGUGGAAGAAUAGAAGCUUUUGAGAUGAAAGAAUAAGAACUCUGUGAGUUCUUCGGCUGAGGAUCGGCGACUGAGAAUCGGGGCUUUCGGCAGGAAUCUAUGAAGUGUAAUGAAAUAGUCUUAUGAUCGGGCGCAGCCCGCCACACUUAGUCUGAGUAUUCUGUGAAGCUUUUCUGUUUUCUCUAAUAUUUCUGUAUUCAUUGCUCUUAUUUUCUUGACAUAGUCAGAUCUGUGAGAGAGUUCAUUCACCAGAUUUCUGAUUUUCUUGAUAUACUCUAUCUUGAAUCAGAACUUAUAUCACUGAAUGAGAUCUGCAAGAUUGUGUCUUCUAUUCUAAUCAGGUUUUGAAAGCACUUAACAUAUUGCUUCGCUUCGCUCCGCAAAUUAGAAAAUAAAAAUUCAUAUUGAGAAGAUUGACAACUUGAUAAUAAUAAUGACAAUGAUAAUGAUAAUUGUGAAUGUAAAUCAGAAAAGAUAAUAUGAAUAGAGAAAGAUUUAGAUGAAGUUGACAGUCAAUCUGUCUCACUACUGACUUUUAUUCAUGAUUUCAGUAUCUUUCAUUCUCACAACAAUAAUAUGAGAUAUAAUAAAAAAAUGUUGACAUUGAUUAUUAGGUUGAUGAGAUUAAUGAGAUUGAUUAUAUCUAUUCUACAGCAGAUGAUGAAGUGUCAAUCAUUAUAACUGCAUGUCAAUUCUGUGUAUGAAUUCAUGUGGAAACAUCGCAUGUACAGAUCCACCUGUGUGAUAGUGAUGUUAAUUAAAAACACCACUGAAUGUUAAUUUACAUGAUGUUAAACCAUAUAAGGAAGGGAAUUACUGCGAAAGGUGCUUGCAGGAUCCCUCUAAUACUGCAGAGGUCGUAUGCAGCUAGUUGUUUAUGACCCGCGAAAGAGUGCAUGGCCGGCGAAUGAAUAUUUAAUAUAUCUACGUAAAAGAAUAGCGUGCGUGUUCGGAUCGUAAAUCCCCGCUCAGACAAUCGCAGCUCAAGCAGCACAGGAAACUGGCGACAUCGCAGAUCACAACGAUUAGUUAUUCCGUCCAGGACCGCGGUCGACCAUUCAGCAUCGAAUCAAUACCCUCCGCGGAAAGCAAAGUUGAUCACAUUGUCACCCAGAAUUUUCCCAAAAAACCCGGUAGACUCCCUCUGUCCCGGAAAUGCCCACUAAGAUAUUAUCCAACAGCUGCAUCGGCAAUGCAGUUGAGGAUGCGUGCGCCGUGAUCCGAUGCGAGUAGCCGAUUGAACGAGGCUGAGCCAUGUAAUAAGUCUUUCCGGCGUUCUUUAAGUGUGAUUUUUUAUUCAUUAAACUUCAUCUCCUGGCUCUACUCUUUUGAGACUGAAAGGGAUAUUUUCCUGCUUUAUUCUUCCGUUAUACACCAUUGACAGAUAACCGUCGCAGGCGAGAAAAACUGCCUGGAUGAAGACCAUACAUAAAUCAAGUCACUGAAUACCCACGAGCCACAAGGUCCUAAACUAUCCUUCGCUUACACCAUCCAAACAGUUUCCAAUACCUCUUUUUAUUUAUUUAUUUAUAUUUAUUUAUUUUCUAUUUUGUGCGGCCGAGAUUCUAGCAAUACGCCAAUACGUAGGUUGAAACUUGUCUGCGAGGUUGCUGCAGCUUCUUCAUACAAUCAUAACGGCAUCAUUCAACUGGCAAGCCAUUCUGAGCGGUGCAGCCAGGAUGGAUCUGCCUAUUGUGUGCGAUGAUGAAAUCCAGGAAUCUGACCUCCAGCCACGACGUGGAAGCCCAUGUAGUGAUACUUCAUCAAUAGCUUCCACUGUAUUUAACUACAGGAACGAGAAUGGCCGGCGAUAUCACAGAUUGGAAGAUGGAGCAUACUUUUUGCCAAACGACAAACGGGAGCAAGACCGUAUGGACUUGUUACACUUCAUAUACCGCCAUGUAUUAGAUCGCCGUCUGUACUGCGCUCCGAUAAAGCGAAACCCUGGACGAGUACUUGAUUUAGGUACGGGAACAGGGAGUUGGGCAGUUGAAUUUGCGGACCAGCACCAGAAGUCACAAGUUAUCGGGAUGGACAUAAGCCCAAUCCAACGCAUCCACAUACCCCCAAACUGCACCUUUGAAAUAGACGACUUCGAAGCCGAAUGGCCAUACACAGCUAGCGCGAAAGCCGACACACCUCCCCUUGAACAAACCGCCUCAGCCGACAGUCUCCAAAGCACCGGUUGCGCUAGCACCAUUACCAAUGACGUCUACAAUAACGAUGCCCCGUCUGCUCCCGUACCCACCCCAGAUCCUGCCCACAGCCCCUUUGACUUCAUCCACAUGCGCGAAAUCGCCGGCUCAGUCCACGACUACCCCAAACUCUUCGGACAGGCCUACCGCCACCUAGCCCCCGGCGGCUUCCUGGAGGUGCAAGGCAUGGAAACGAAGUUCUUCUCAGACGACGGGACGCACGAGCGGGCCGUGACGGCUACGCAGUGGCAGCAGUUGCUAGAGGAGGCGAGUCGGCAGGUUGGGAAGGAGUUAGGUGUUGAGGGGAGUUGGAAGCAGUGGAUGGAGCAAGCGGGGUUUGUUGACGUUGAGGAGGUGGUGUUUAAGGUCCCCCUCUCCCCCUGGCCCCAGGACCCACGCUUGAAAGAACUAGGUCGCUAUCAGGCAACCCAUGUCCAGGAGAUGGUGCGGUCAUAUUCGCUUGCGCUCUUCACUCGAGUGUUGGGGUGGAGUAAAGACGAGCUUGAUGUCCUGCUGUGGGCGGUGGGUAACGAUUUGAGGAAUAGGGGGACCCAUCUUUAUACGAAGCUGAGGGUCGUCUAUGGACGGAAACGGGAGUGAAUUUUAUUUUAUUUUUUAUUUAUUUAUUUAUUCAUUUAUUGGUUCGUGGUGCUUUAUUUCGGGAAUACUAGACGAGUCUCUUUUUCUCUUGCGCAGAUUGCGUUUGUGGUAGGGGGUUCUUGAUACCCUAGCAAUAAGGGUGAGAUUGGAAUUUUCAAACAGAUGAGUAAAGUUAUCAAAACUAAGUAACUAUGAAUUUGUUUCUAUUAAUGUAAAAAGUUGCUCUCCAGCAAAUGGAUAUAUGGAUGGCCAGCCCAUCUCUCAGAAUCGUCCCAUUGGGAAAGUAAAAACGAAAAGGAAGGGGAAAAGGGCAGCAUUAAAAAUUAGUCCUCGCAAAAUUUAAUACAUCGAAGGAGAGAAAAAGUUAUUUCGUUGGGAACGAUAACUUUUGAAAAGCC